AUGCUUUGCCUUAUUUCAUUUUUGAGUUUGCUUGCAGGUGCCUUUGGCCUUGCAAUUCGCUAUGACAAUUCGAGUUUCAACUCUAUUUCCUUUCAUGGCGCACAGUACGAGUUCUUCGAUAUAAGAACUCUUUACAAAUUAAUCUUUAACGAGACCUUGCAAUGGAUCGAAUCUUCCGAGAAUUGGAUUUAUGCUCACGAUGGUCCCGAGCGCUGGUUGAAUAUUUCAACCGAUCGCUUCGACUUUUAUCGUUUGAAUGAGGAUCGUAUUGAAGACCGCCUCGAUUACUUCUUUUAUUCACUUCCUUAUUACGACUAUGAGGGCUCCGAUUGGGAUUACGAUGACUACGACAAUGACUAUGAGGAUACGAUGACUACAGAGACCCUUUCUUCGGCAAGCGCGACUUGGUAUCUUGUUUCGAGAACGGAAAAACGCAGGCUAAUUCGUGUUGCCGCGGCGCCUGUCUUCCGUCUCAAAAUUCACUCGAUUGUCCCGGAAGGUGUUAUGCGUGCUUGCAUAAUGGUCAAAUGUCAUGCCUUAAAGGCAACCGCAAGAUUAAGCAAUCCAAUGCUAUUAAUGGUGCUUGCUACGCACUUUAAGAAUUCCUUGCUAAGAAGUCUCACAUUUGAUUUUUUUUGA